CAGUUCAUUUUCUCGUCGCACCGGUGACCACUCGGCACUCCGUCCUCACCUUUCGGGAGAGAGGAGCGUCUUGUUGUAACAUCUCCAUCUUCCGCCUCCGGCUGCUUCUUUCCGGACAGGCUGGCGGCGCACACAUCCAUGCUAUACAGCAGCAGCAUCAGCACCAUGCUGCUCGGUCCAUCCAUUCGCAGAGGAGCGGCUGCUGUGCGCUCCGGCGCCACUUUAGCAGCUGCUGCAGAGCCCAGUGGAUACGCUCUGCGCGCAGCUUUCUCCACCUCUUUCUCCUGCUCAUCUGCGUCAUCACCAGCCUCCUCCUCUUCCCAACAGCAGCAGCAACAACAAAGAGACCCUUCCUCCUCCUCGCAGCGCGACAGCACAUCCGCGCUCGAUUACAAGCUGCACCACCGCCUGCGUCGCCUCCCACCGCUCCCCUCGCUCGAGCCGCCGCCAAUGGAGGCCAGCGAGGCCGUCAGCAACAUCCUCUACAACACACCCGCCCCCAGUAAGGAGCCCUUCAAACGCCACAUCCUCAACACGCUCGUGCAGAACGAGCCCGGUGUCCUGUCGCGCAUCGCCGGCACGCUCGCCGCGCGCGGCUUCAACAUUGACUCUCUCGUCGUCUGCCGCACAGAGAUCGCGGACCUGUCGCGCAUGUGCAUCGUCCUCCGCGGCCAGGACGGCGUUGUUGAGCAGGCGCGCCGCCAACUCGAGGACCUCGUACCCGUCUGGGCCGUGCUCGACUACACGCACACGCGUGUCAUCGAGCGCGAGCUCAUGCUCGUCAAGGUCAGCAUCCUCGGGCCCGAGUACUUUGAGGAGAGCCUCCACAGCGCCGCCGCUGGCGGCUCAGCGGCUGCUGCUGCCGCCGCUGCGGCUGCAGCAGCAGCAGCAGCUGGCAGGAGUCAGCAGCAAAAGAUCCCCUCGGAGCACGUCGCCGAGCGGGAGGCGAAUGCUUCGUCUGCUCAUCAGCACUACCACCAUCAGCAGCAGCACACAGUGCAGCUGACGCCGACGGAGGCGCUGCGCGUCAAGUCGGACAACAUGCGCUCGAUCAUCUCGCUCGCUGAGCAGUUCAAGGGCCGCGUCGUUGACGUCAGCAACGACAGUGUUAUCGUCGAGCUGAGCGGCAAGAGCUCGCGCUGCGACGCCUUCCUGAAGCUCGUCCGUCCCUUUGGCGUCCUCGAGUGCGCCCGCAGUGGCACCAUGGUCCUCCCGCGCAGCCCCAUCGACAGCGCCUGGAGCGCCAACGAUGACGUCCAGGAAGAGCUCGAGGCCGUCGAUGCCAGCUUGCUCCCGCCAGGCUGAGUGCCGAUUCUCCAUGAGUUGAACAAAUCCUUCGUUCUUUGCACAAUUUGUGCGAUGGUCGUGAUGCCUGCAAUACAUGAAUGCCAGA